AUGAAUAGAGUAAUUGCCUUUGGGUUUACCACUUAUGAAUCAUUGGUUUAGAAAUUGAGCAGCGCAGAAAAUGCCACAAGUCUCUUCAAAGUAUAUUAGGAAAACAAAGAAUAAUUUAAACAUGAACAUGUAGUACAAUCCUUAAGAGUGCUUGGCAGAUUUAGUCGUUAACUAAAUUCAGAUAAUAAUGUUGCCGAGAUUACAAGUAAAUUGAAUGAAAUUGUUGAUCAAUUGACCGAGUAUGAUGUUGUGGAUGUAUUAUUUUGGCUAAGAAAAUUCAAAUUAAAUCGAAUCCAAACUCAUAUCACUAAUCAAACCCAAAAUAAAAUAUAUUAAAGGGUUUAAUAGAUGUCUGAUAAUUAAAUGUUUUCAUUUAAAAGCAUGUGCAACAUUUAUUAUGAUUUAUCAGUUCUAAACUAAUUCAAUGAUGGUUUGUCUAAAACCAUAUCAGAGUAGAUGUUAACAUCUAAACACUUGUCUCCAUUCCUCUUAAUGUAGUUAUUGAAUACUGUCAUCGUCAAGAUUAAUCAUUGCAGUCUUACCAAAUACGAUUAGACAAUUCUAACUAACUGUAUUAAAGUAUUGGAUAGUUAACUUGACACUCUUGAUAUUGAAUAAAAAGCUUAGGCAUUAAAGGUCUGUGCUGAAGUACAAUUUUAAAAUCUUCCUCCAAAGUUCCAACUACCAAUUUAGGUUAAAAAGAUCAAGGAUUCAUUAUUAGAAAAAACUGAACAACUACAGGAAGACGCAGUCAUCAAUAUCAUUAAGGCUUAUGAAUAUCUCCCAAAAUAGUUCGAACUUGAUCUACUUAAGGAAAUAAAAGAUAUGAUAAUGAAUACUUUGGACUAAAAUCCAUCAAACUUAUCUGACAAAUUCUUAAUUUAAUUAACAGAGAGAAUGAUGAAAAUGCCUCAUUCAAGAGUGUCUUUUGAAAACAUUAAAAAGGUGCUCAUCGAAUUAUGUAAUAGAAUAUCUAAUAAUACCAUCGAUGCUCCAUAAUUAAAUUAUUUGAUGCCAGCUUUAAUUAAAUUUAAAAGGGUAGAGGAGGUUAUCUAAGCCUUAUAAAAGUAAGAAGAGAAAAGUGUAAAAACUUUAAGUUACUUGUUUAUCCAAGGAAUCAAUCUCAAAGAUUCUGUCAAUAAAUUCAUGCAAAACAGAGAUAAGAAAAAGAUUCCUUUUAAUUAGGCCAUCUAUUAUGUAGUUUUUGCUAAUAGAGAUGCUAAGGAACAUUUUGAUACAUUAUAAAAGGUAUGCAAAGAGUAAAUUGAGAAUUCUCCACUUUAAUCACUUAAAGCAAUAAAUGAAGUUGAACUCAACUACUAAGUCAAAUUUCAACUUUAAGAACUGGCUUAUUUUAAAUUAAUUGAACUUGUCAAACAAUAGAAAUAUGAAUUCAUUAAAGUCUUUAAAGACUUAGUAAAUUGUUGUUGCAAUAAUAAAUCUAGAAAUGCUUUCCUAUAACUCUACGAUCAAGUAAGCGCUAAGUAAAAUCCUAAAUUGAUGAUGCAAAAACUUGUUUAAGAUCCUGAUUCCUUUAAUUCUGAAUCCUUUUCUACACUUCUAUAAGUUUUUUAAAGAGAUCCAAAAAACCUUCCAAUCCUAAAAUUUAUUGAUUACAUAACUCUUAAUUAAAAUAGACUUUUAGAAAUUAUUAAAAGUGAUCAAGUCGUAUGGGCUAUCAAAAUAUUGGCUAAUGCUUAUUAGGCUCAACCUGAUGUAAAACUUUUUCCAAUUGUCAACUUCGCCUUCAGAUUUGAAAAUGUUGGAUACGUAAGUAGACAUGUGGGUGUUACACUCAAGAAGAUCGCUGAUUAAUUUAGAAGGAAAAAUCUUAACACCCCCUAUCCUGACCCUAUUUUUGUUAAUUUGUUAAUCACCCAUAAUAUAUUGUCUCCGGAAGACGCUUUAAUUCAGCUAAACUAUGAAAAGGUUCAUUAAUAUACUAAAGUCUAAUUAUGUGGAAUUGCAUUAUAAGCUGAGAGUGUCCCACAACAUAUUAUUCAAUUAAGAGAUAAAAUUAAAGAAGAAAGUUUCAAAGCCUUAGAGUAAGAAGUCAAAUAUUAAACAAUAUUAGAUUUGGUCACUUUGGGUGAUUUUACAAGUGAUGAAUUCACCAAUGUCAGAACCAAAAUCUAAAUCAUUUUGCCUUAAUUGCAUGCUAAAUAAUAUUUUGAUUUGAUCAUGUAUGCCAAAGACUAUACAAUUUUAAAAGAGUUGGCAUCCUCAUUUAAUGAGUUUUCCCAAAAGCUUGGAAUUAGUAGAGUCAUAAGAGCAGCAGAAAAAUUUGCUAAAUACCAAGUCCAAAAUCAACUGGUUUACAAUACACUACUUGAAGCUUAUGGUUAUUAAUUUUUUGGUGUUUUUAAUGAACAAAGAAUUUAGAUCUUAGAUAUAUUUUCAUAAGCCAAAAUUAAAUCACCUGAUCUGUUCAAAAGAACACUUGAAAAAAUUAAAUAAUAACCUUAACCCUAUAAAAGCUUUAUAUUCGAAAUUAUAGAAUUCUGUACCGAUUUGGGUUUAGUUGAAUAAGAAAUCGUAGAUUUAAUUAAUUAAAUAGCAGAUAAAUCAUAAAUUUCAGGUUCAACUGCUCUCAAAUUAUUGUAAUAUCAAGUCUUAGCUGAUCAACCAAUUCAAGUUAUAGAGAAAACUUCAGAAUUGAUAAAGGAUGUCAAAUAUAAGGAUAACCAUAAGACUGCCAUGACCUAUGAAUUAUUACUGAGAAAAUACCCAGGAUCUAAGGCUAUUAAAGCUCAUGGAAUUUUACUUAAUGAAGAAAAAUUAUCAAAGGCCAGGUACCAAAUUGCCAAUCCAAGUAGUAAAAGCAAUUUUUCAUUUGAAUUCUGUACCCAAUAUCUCCAUUUAUUGGGAGUUGAACUGAAAGAAAAUAAAUGUAUUAAUGGUAUCAAUGUUGACUUUUACUUACCCUAAAUUGAGGCAUCUCUCUUUAUUGUUCAUCAUCACUUACUAAAUUUUGAUUAAACAACAAUGAAUGGAAAAGGUAUUUUGUAAAAGAAACUUUUGGAAACAAUUACUAAGUAAGUUAUAGUUGUUAACUUUAAAUAACUUGCCCAAUUAUAAACUCAUGAAGACAGGGCAACAUAUUUGAUGAAUUUAGGCAUACCAAUCAAAGUAGAUAUCACAAAAGUGGAUUAUAGUUCUAUCAAACCAUAUGAAAAAACUGAUAAGGAUAAGCCUACGAUGUAGCAAUCUAAAAACAAUUUUAGGAAAUAAUUUGGAAAAUAAGAUUAUCAAUAAGAUCAUUUGCAAGUUGACAGAGAUUGAUAAUUCAAAGUAGUAUAUAAGCAUUAUCUUAAAAAAAUAUUAUUUUAAA